AUGAAGGUGAUUGAUAAGAUAAGGGCAGCUGCAGCAGGAGGAGGAGAUGCAAAUGCCAAUGGAGGAGAUAGCAGUAAUAAUAAGGUUGUUUUCUCCUUUGAAUUCUUUCCUCCAAAGACAGAAGAUGGAGUGGACAACCUGUUCGAAAGAAUGGACAGAAUGGUGUCUCACAAUCCAUCCUUCUGCGACAUCACUUGGGGAGCUGGUGGUUCCACCGCAGAUCUGACAUUAGACAUCGCCAAUAAGAUGCAGAACAUUAUCUGUGUCGAGACUAUGAUGCAUCUCACCUGCACCAACAUGCCUGUUGAGAAGAUCGAUCAUGCUCUCGAAACCAUCAAAUCCAAUGGAAUCCAGAACGUUCUCGCUCUUCGUGGUGAUCCUCCUCAUGGUCAGGAUAAAUUCGUCCAGAUUCAAGGCGGCUUCGCUUGCGCUCUCGACCUCGUCAAACAUAUCAGAUCCAAAUAUGGUGAUUACUUCGGCAUUACUGUUGCUGGUUAUCCAGAGGCACAUCCUGAUGUUAUUGGAAGUGAUGGAUUUGCUACACUUGAGGAUUACCAGAAAGAUCUUGCUUAUUUGAAGCAGAAGGUGGAUGCUGGAGCUGAUCUAAUUGUCACUCAACUUUUCUAUGAUACUGAUAUCUUCCUGAAAUUUGUGAAUGACUGCCGCCAAAUUGGAAUCACUUGUCCCAUUGUUCCUGGUAUUAUGCCUAUUAAUAACUACAAGGGCUUCAUACGUAUGACUGGCUUUUGCAAAACCAAGAUACCAGCAGAGGUUACUGCUGCAUUGGAGCCUAUCAAGGACAACGAGGAGGCUGUGAGAGCCUAUGGAAUUCACCUUGGAACUGAAAUGUGCAAGAAGAUUUUAGCUCAUGGGAUCAAGACACUGCAUCUGUAUACUCUUAACAUGGAGAAAUCUGCUUUAGCUAUAUUAAUGAAUCUUGGUUUGAUUGAAGAGUCCAAGAUUACAAGGGCUAAUCGUCCAAAGAGCUACCUGUCAAGGACAAUAGGCUGGGACCAGUAUCCACAUGGCCGAUGGGGUGAUUCUCAUAAUCCAUCUUAUGGUGCUUUAUCUGAUUAUCAGUUUAUGCGACCCAGGGCAAGUGGCAAGAAACUUCUUCAAGAGUGGGUUGUCCCCUUGAAAAGUGUUGAGGAUAUAUAUGAGAAAUUCAAGGUAUACUGCCUUGGGAAGUUGAAAAGUAGUCCUUGGUCAGAACUAGAAGGCCUUCAGCCUGAGACAAAAAUCAUCAAUGAACAGCUGGGUAAGAUUAACUUGAAGGGAUUCCUGACUAUCAAUAGUCAACCAGCAGUCAAUGCGGAAAAAUCUGAUUCUCCAUCUGUUGGUUGGGGAGGGCCAGGAGGGUAUGUAUAUCAGAAGGCUUAUCUAGAGUUUUUCUGCUCCAAGGACAAGUUGAAUGCUCUCGUUGAAAAGUGCAAGGCUUUCCCUUUCGUAACUUACAUGGCUGUGAACAAAGGAGGGAGUUGGAUAUCUAAUGUUGCCUUGACUGACGUAAAUGCUGUGACCUGGGGAGUCUUCCCAGCAAAGGAGAUUAUCCAACCAACAGUUGUGGAUCCUACCAGCUUCAGUGUGUGGAAGGAUGAGGCAUUUGAAAUCUGGUCAAGAGGAUGGGCUUCCUUGUACCCAGAGGGUGACCCAUCCAGAACCCUACUUCAAGAGGUGCAGAGCAGCUACUUUUUGGUCAGCUUGGUAGAUAACGAUUACAUCCAUGGGGAUAUUUUCGCUGUCUUUGCAGAAUUAUGA